AAUCAAACACGGGCAAUUUUGUCCUGUGACUGAAUUUAAAAUCGUGGCGUUAGCAGCAUCGCGGAGGGAGUUUGUGCGGUGGGUGAAACUGGAGAUUGAGCGGCUUUCUCACCAGCUGCAGAGAUCAACAAUACAAGAAAUGGAUUGUCCAAGCGAGAAUGACUUCAAUCUUUUGUCUGAGGAGAAUUCUGACUUUGACGUUCUGUUAUCUCCAGCAAGUGGAAAAAGUGAUGAGGAUGAUGAAGUUUUUCUUGGACCAGUUGGACACACAGAAAAAUGUAUUGCUGCUGGCAUUGACUUAAAUUGCAAGCAAGAGAAAAGUUUACAGCAGACAGAAGCUUUGAACUGGAGUCCUCUGAACACUGACAAAUUUAUUGAAGUUUUUAGAGAAGCCAACUUGUUAGCACAACAUUAUGAAAAUCAUGCAAAGGAGAAAUCUGAAGUGAUGGGAAGUGAAAUUAUUCACAAUAAAGCAGUGGAACAAUUUAUAGAGGAAUCAAAGUUAAACUUAACCCUUCUAAAGGGUAUUGCCAGCUCAUGUUCUCCAAGAAAAAUGACUUCUAUCAUUCAAAAUACUCCACUGAAGUCUCAUCUGCCUGCAAUUCGGAACAAGCAUGAGGACAAUUCACAGGCUUCUCUUGGCAUUCCCAUAAAAUCACCGAAGAAAGCUGCUGUUCAAGCAAUUAGCUGUUUUGUGCAGCCCCUACAAAGCUCUCUUGAUUCUUCCUUAAACAAUCAAGAGAUUACUGCUUGUACCAAGACCACAAAUCUCAAGGAAUCUCCAAAAGAUCGACCAUCAAUAAAUGAACCAACAAAACCCAUGACAUCAGGAAAAAUCUGUCCACCUAAACCACCCGAGUCCAAAGCUUCAGGUUCCAUGAGGAAGAGCGAUGCUCCUUCAGUAGGAAAGCCUCUCAAUCGUAUUUCAUCAUCUGCAUCCAGUAUCCAUUCCAGUCUUCGCACUUCCCCAUCUGUUGGCCGAUCAGUGUCUCUAAACUUGCCCUUGAAAACAUCAAAACUACCAGCCCCAAAAAACAGCAGAAUUGCUGUACCAAAAAGCAAGCUUUCGAAUUCUACAUGUGUAACCGGUGCUCAAAGCACCAAAUUAAUAAAACCACCAAGUAUUUCUAAACUCUCCACACCUGGAAAAGUGAAUCAGCAAGGACCAGCAACACAAACUGUACCUUGUAGAGAAAGCUUGCAGAGAAUUGGCUCAACAGCUAGUAAGAAGUCUGAUGUACCAGUAAAAUCAAGCAAAGCUGGAAAUGUGCCUGGACAAGAUAAAUGCUCAAAGGCCAAGCCGUUUGCACAGCCCCUGCAGAAGUCCAGUGUACCAUCACCUGGAGCAAGAUCAAAAAUAACUGAACUGAAGAAGACAUCAGUGUGCCAUGAAUUUGAAAGAGGCAUAGCAGCUGGUACUCCAAAUAAAACUCUGGCUAGAGGAAUGCUGCAAACGCCUAACGUUCCAAAGAGAAGAGUUUCAAUGACUCCUGGCACAAGGCAAUUAUCUGGUUUACCCACACCACAGAGUCGUCGGUUGUCAAGUAUUCCAGCAUUCACUCCUCGCACGCAACCAAGGCUUGGGUCGUUAUCUCGGCAAGUCACGUCUAAGCGAAAUCGUAGCAUGUCUGCCAAUGGUGGAGUUUUGGAAAGAAGUAAACAAAAAACAUCUGAGAAGCCUGAGGUCCUCUGUUCACCUAAUUCCUCUGGAGAUGAGAUGUCUGCUUCUCUGGUUCCUGGCAUUCUGAAUUUCUCCCCUGAUAAACCACAGACCACAUGCAAAGACAAAGCCAAGGAACAUGUAUUUGAAAUUCCAGGGAAAGAGAAUCUUCUAGUAGAAAUUAAUACAAAAAUUAGGCCAAUUGAAGAUCGUCUGCUAAUUGAUCUCUCCAACACUCCUGAUCAGAAAAGAAUUGUACCAGUUAAAGUUCUUGAACCACUUAUAGAUUUCAGCUCCCCACUGAUUUUGUUGAGUCCAGUGGACAAAGAAAAUGUGGAUGUGAACUCUCCUUUGCUGAAGUUUUGAAAAAGUUGCUGUUACACAUAGAAUUGCUUCUGUUUCUUCAAACUGUUUUGCUUUCUAUGAGUUUUUGUGUUGGCGUAAGCCUGCUAGUUCUUGUUUCUUUUGAUGAGCUGAAAUUGAUGUAGUCUUGUGUACAAUUGAUAUAAAUAUAAUUUUUAUUCACAAUUUAAAAUGGUUUAAAGAUGAACUAUCAUUUAAAUCCAAUCUUGGUGCAUUUAUCCUCAAUAAAAUUUGUCUGAUUUGAAAAUAAUUGUUUUUAAGCAUUAAUAAAAGUCUAAUUAAA